GGGAUGAGAGGUGAAUUUACACAGGAAUGACAGUUGGUUUAGUCCGUUAGUUGUCAGAGUGGUGAGUGUACUUUCCCUCUGAGACGUUUUUUUUUGCCAAAUAAGCCAUAUUUUAGUGGAAAAAAGAUGGGAAAUAGUUGGGUUAUGCCCUCCCAGAUGAACGAGUGUUGCUUCGAUCACUGAUUUUAUAGAAUUUUCCAUUAAAAUGGGCUUAUGAGAUGCCUUUAAUCUUAGUACUAGUUGGGAGACACAGACCCAGGAUUUGGCAGUUAUGCAGGGCUGACAGCAAAUAUACACUUUUCCCACUUGGAGUCCAUAAACAGAUAACAUUUGGGGACCCCCGUGCCUCACCAUAAAUAUUUUAUAUUUAUGCCCAGUAUUAACAGGCUCCUUAGAAUUUUGUAGAGUUUUAUUACUCUGUCCCUGGGUAUCUGCCCUGUUCUGAUAUACCAACCUUGCAACUGAAUUUAAUGUAAUACAUAGCAAUAUUUUUUCCUUUUACAGAGGGGGGGGGGGCAACAAGGUACAUGGUAUUAAAUAAUAAUGAAUAAUAAUAUUUGAUUGCUAAAUGUUUCCUAUAGCAAGGGGGUAGGGGUGAACACUGGGCAAUCUGCAUCUGGACAGUGAUCUUAUGUGCUAUGUAUUCACUCUCACUGUACCAAUGCUCAUUUUUGAUUGGCUGCUAUGAGGUACUAUAUUGUAUAAACGGAGGGCCAGUACUUGCUGGGAAUGACACAAAGCUUGAGUUUAGGGUAAAAUGACCAGAUCUCUGCCUUCCUCUGUAUUUUAUAGGAAAUAUUAAGUGCUACAUGCAUUAUCCCUGAAGCUAAUUUGUCAAUUUAUUCCUUUUCCUAUACAGAUUGCUACAGUGUGCGGAUUGCUUAUUUUUUUUAGCAAUAUAUCAGCGAUUUUUGGAUGGUUAUUUUUCUGGCAUCUCCUUAAUUCAGAUUUUUACAUUCGUCUGUGAACACAUAUAAGGAGAGCCACAAUCUAAAGAGGGAGACCCUCCGGGGUACCCCGGCCUUGUGCCGGCCCCUGUAUUUUAGCCAAAAGCCAAAACAUCUCAGGCUUUUGGUUUUUUUUUUUGUGCUCAUCUUCUGUCAUCUGAAGGAUUUAAGAGCAGAAAGAGUGAUGGGUUGCAAACUCUGCAAAUCGUGUGAUGUUAAGAACUGUAUUGGAUCUUCAGACUCUAUGUAUCCUGUUGUGGAGAUACAUGAAAUCCAUGAUCUAUUUGAGUCACCAGCAGAGUUUGUUGCUUCUGUGAAUUCGCUCGAGCCCCUGGUAGAGACAAUUUUUUUGGAUUCUCCACAAACAUCCAAAUCCAGUGAAAAGGACCCUGGUUCUUCCCAUGAGACGGGAGAAAUCAUUCCUUUCAAGGAGCAUGAGAGCUCCAAACCAGGAGAGACCAGGGAGAAUGAUACGGAGGAGAUCCCUGAGAUGACAUCUGUAUUGGAUUCACCUGAAGUACCCGAGACUCCUGAAAACGAGGAGAGUAGAUCUGAGCCAGCAGAGAACACAGUGGGCACCAUCAUUCCCACCACUUCCAGUGUUCCAUCAGCUGUAAGUAGAUCCUUUGCAGAUGAUGAUGAGAUGAUAAUGUCAUGUGUCAUUUUUGUAGAUUCUCCAGAAACAUCCAAAUCUGGUGAAAAGGACCCUGGUUCUUCCCAUGAGAUGGGAGAAGUCAUUCCUUUCAAGGAGCAUGAGAGCUCCAAACCAGGAGAGACCAGGGAGAAUGAUACGGAGGAGAUCCCUGAGAUGACAUCUGUAUUGGAUUCUCCUGAAGUACCUGAGACUCCUGAAAAUGAGGAGGAGGAAGGUAGAUCUGAGCCAGCAGAGAACACAGUGGGCACCAUCAUUCCCACCACUUCCAGUGUUCCAUCAGCUACUCAGGAAGCUGAGAAUGUCACAGAGACAAAUGCUGAGCUACAGAGCGCUGACAGAGUUGAUCCCAGAUGUCCAAUGACUAUUGAGACUUUCAACUUGGGAAAAGUAUUGGGUGAAGGCACUUUUGGAAAGGUGUUCCUGGCUGAGAACAAGGUGACAACGCAACUGUGCGCCAUAAAAACCCUGAAAAAGCAGAGGAUUAUUGCAUCAAACAGUUUCAACAGUGUCUUCAAGGAGAAGAGAAUACUCCAGAGGGUUACCAGUAUAGAACACCCAUUUCUGGUUUCCCUUUAUGGCACGUUCCAGACUGAAUAUCACCUCUUUUUUGCCAUGGAGUAUCUUCCCGGUGGCGACCUCUUUUCUCUGCUAGCGAAGCAUGGUGAAUUUGAGGAAUCCUGUGCUAUGUUUUACACUGCCUGUGUGGUACUAGGCCUUGAAGAAUUACAUCGGAACAAUAUUCUUCAUAGAGAUCUAAAACCAGAGAAUCUGAUGGUUGACCGAGACGGAUAUCUGAAAAUUGUUGAUUAUGGCCUGAGCAAAGAUGCAUUUGGAAUUGGAGAUCGCACUAGGACCAUGUGUGGAACAAGCUAUUACCUGGCCCCAGAGAUCGUUAUGAGGAAGUCAUACGACAGGGCUGCUGACUGGUGGGCCCUUGGGGUUGUAAUAUAUGUGAUGCUUACGUACCAGUUCCCAUUUGAUGGAGAAACGAAUAAAGAAUUGUAUGAAAGCAUCAUAUAUGACGAAGUCGAACUAUACGAGGGAUUCUCAGAACAAGCUUGCGACCUAAUUAAAAAUCUGUUGGAAAAAGAUGCUGAAUAUCGCCUCGGGUCCUAUGAGGAUGGUGCUGAAACAGUUAAAGGACACAACUUCUUUCAGGUUUGUUUAUAUUUUACAUAUUGUACAUCAAGAUAGGAAUAUGCCAAUGAAUAUGGAUUAAUUCUUGAGUGCUGGUUUACUAUAGACAAGCAGAGAGCAAAACAGGGAAUCAAUUAGGUCAGAUACUCACUAUCUAAUAUCUCCUGUUUUUCCAGGAUAUUAACUGGAAUGAACUGCUGGAAAAGAAAGUAGAGCCUCCAUUUGUGCCACGUGGUAAAGGCUUUACACAGGGCCCUGAGCAAACCGAAUGCCAAGCCUGGAUAUUAACAACAUCGUCUACAGAAAUAUCCACAGAACAGCAAGCGGCAUUCGAGGGAUUUGACUUUUACUGAGAUACAGACAAGGGGCAAAUAUGUGACUGGAAAGGGCGGGAGGAGGGCCAGUCCAUAUACACAGAAAAAAAGCCCCAGUGGGAGGAAGUGAACAUCAGAUGCCCCACAUCAGCAAGUUCUAAAUCAAGAGUUGAAUGCAAGAUCUGCCGUAUCUGUACUGUACCAGAUAAACGAGAAGGGCAGCUGUAAGGAACCAACAGGCCUAGGACAAAGAUUUCAUUGGUGGGACCCCUCUUCCACAAGACAUUGUGGGCUUUUGAUGUCGCGGCACAUCCUUUCUUCAAAGUAAGUAAAAGUAAGUCCAACAAGGAAUAACAGACAUCAUCUUGCCAGUCUAAUGAUGUAAAAGAACAAGAAACCAACACAGCCUGGAACAUGGAAGGCAGGAUAAAGGGAUCAAGUUAGUGGCUGCUCCACAAAUUUAGUGUUUCUCCUUUUCCAGGUCUACAGACAUCAACCUGCCAGCAACCGGGAACUGGACUUUUGCCAAUGCCUCCUACAGAGUGGCACAUUCUUGAGGCAGUAGGCUGCCAUUAUGUACAUAUUGUUAAAUAAGAACAUCCCCUCACCAUUUAUCACCCUUACCUACUCCUUUUCGACAAUUUUUCUUGUAAUCAGUUAACUAGUACAUGGUUGAAUACACAUAAGCACAUUUAUGCCGCUCAGUAGACCCUGCAUUCCUUUUCAUGCCAUCCCUCAGACUGUAGAAGCCGGGUUCUGCAGGCUGCCUGGGGGGUCUAAUGGAAUGAAGAGGAAUGCAGCAUUCACCUAGCAGCUUAACGGUGCUCAUGUAUAUGCUCCCAUAUUCCCCUUUGCUUCUUUUCCUUCUACCACAAUUCCACCAGUGGUGCCUCCCUUUUUAUUUAA